UGUCGUUAAUCACGUCGAUCAUCAUAGACCAAGUUAGGAAACCCAGCUAUUUUCCCAGUCUAGAGUCUAGCCCUGCCAUCUCUAUCGCCCUCAGAAUCAUAUCUUGCCACCCCAAACUACCUUCUCCUUCCUCCACAUCCAAACUUCUUUCACCUCAGUCGCAUCAUUCACUACCAACGGAGGCGUAGUACUCGUCCAUUGAUCCGUCGCAUGGGCUCGAGUAUCUAGACACGCUCUCUUCCUACUGUACAAUUAUUGUAUCAUUAUCCACCGACUCAUUCCCACUCGGAGCGUCAAUCGAGCUGCGACGAGCGAUUACAAUACCGACGACCGGCAAUUCCGAGCGAUAUCAUAAGCGCGCUGUGAGCUCUGGGAGCUUUGUUGAUAACAAUGGGCUCCACUACACUUACCAAUGGCAGCGGCUCUCGCUAUCUUGACAGCAACAACAAGCUAUCGUCGGCAGGUGCCGCCGCCUCUCUGAAAUAUGCUCGGCCCCAAGACCUGCCUAGCUAUCCCUCUGUCGGUUUGCCACCCAACCGGCAAAAUAGAGAUGCGCAUGCCGGCGCAGCCGCGAAUCUUGGAUGGGCCAACCAAAAGCCCGUCGAGAUCUGGAAACCCGACCCGACGACAUCAGCUUCGACCGCUGCCACUAUAGGCUGGACGCGCAGGUCAAACCCGUCGUGGCAGCCUCAACAGAGCGCCAGUGGAGCUCGAGCUGCAGUUUUGGCGGCGAAGUCGGACCUGAGAGUAGCUGAUCAAAAAGCCGUACCACCCAGGCCGAAAUCUGCCGGGUUCGGCAAUUCAGCUGCCAACGUGGCGAUGCAAAAGGAUAGAAGAAGCCUACAAGCUCUACCAACCCCCGAUAGGGCCUCGCAGUUGAACAGACGUCGCUCGUUGAUGGCUGCGACCGGAGCAAUGGCAAGCCCUAGGCCACGGGCGGACUCUACUCCUCCAUUGGGACCAAAAUACCCUGACGAGAUGAAUGCGCGCGCCAACGCUUUGCGCGCAGCAACGCACGCGGACACCGUAUCUAGGAGACGGAGAUUCGAGAUUCCACAGGGCGGCGCGACCCCAGUGACUAACAUGGGGAAGGAAAGAUACACCUCACACCCGCCCCAACCCUCGGAAGCCGACCAGAAACAGAAGGAGGAUAGCAUGCACGCCUCUGCGGUCGCAAUGGCCCAGCAGAUGUAUAAGAUUAUAGAGAAGCGCGAGAAGGAAACCGGAGAGGCUGGGUAUGCCGCGACUGCAGCGCAUGGGAGGGGACGGUCUACGUCUUUGAUGGGUAACGAGCCGACGCCCAUGAAAUACGGCAACCUUCAAGAAGCCGCACAACGGCUUGCUCAAGAGCGCCUGGCGAAGCUUCACGAUGAGAAUUUCAAGAACCGCGAGUAUCUCGAGUAUUACGGUACCCCCCAGCCAUCCCAGAGGCUUUCCAAAGGGCGCUUCCGUCGUCGCGCUUCAAGUGAUAUAUCGCUGGAAGAGAGUCGAGACCGGAGAGGAAACGUCAGGUUUCAAGCAGCAGCACCGCUAUACUCAUCUGACAUGUCACAAAUUGAUGCCAAAACGAGGCAAAGAGAUCGCGAUAUGCUACUUGCCGCGGCUCAGCGCAACGUUCAAAGAAGUCUCCAGGGCAUCGAUGAGCGUGUCUAUGCUCAGACAGGACGACCUACUCCGUCUAUGAUGGGCCAAGAGACAUUGCCAAUGGCGAUUGCCCAGCAGCGCGUGCAACAGCAACAGGUCCCUCAGCAACGAGGGGAUAAGGUAUCUAUUGGAAACGGAGCCCUUGUUGAUCGUAGUUCAGUCGAUGCAUUAGCAUUCAGGAACGUCCAGCCCGUGCUGCACCAGAUUAAUACUAAGUCUGAUGCCGAGCAAGCACGCCGGACCGAGAUAAAGCUGGACGAGGAAGAGGCAAAGCGCCGGAUUGAGAGGGAAAGGGAGCGUGAUCAGGAGCUCAAGGAAAUCGACAAGCAGUUGAAAGAACAUGACAAGCACGAGAAGAAGGAAAGGAAGAGCCAAGAAACAUUCUUCAAGCGCCAGAGCAAGCGCUGGUCGAGGCAGAGCAAUAAGACCAAGAGCACCCAAAGCAGGGAUUCCUACGUGCAAGAGCCGAUGGCCAUGAGCGGGGCAGUUGGUGGCGGUGGAGGUGUCUCCGAGUAUGAUCGAGUCGCCACCGCUGAAUACGAACCGCCUGUCGGGCGUUAUGAACCACCUGUCGAGCGCUAUGAACCACUUGUUGAGCGUGUCGAGCCAACUUAUGUCGAGCCCGCUCCAGCUGUUCAGCCAGUCCAGCAAGCCCCAAUCACACCACCUACCCAGCACGUCCGAGUCGCCGAGCCUGUUAAGCCCGUCGAGCCCGCCCCGCCCACUCUAGCCGUCCAACCUCCCGAGCCUAUCGAAGAGGAGGACGUCCCCGAGAUCCCCGUCUCCGAGUACACCGACAAAGGCAAGAGCUCGCUGCCGUUUACGCGGCUCCAGAAGAGCACGCGGCCAUCCCAGACGUCCACAACGUCACAGCAGGGCGUCAAGUCGUGGCUGAAGACGGCGUUCCGCCGGACGAGCAAGGGUCAGAAAGAGGAGCAGGAGAAACAGAACGGUUCCAGUGGCCUGUUUGUCGGAGGUGCUUCGCUUGCGCAGCAGCCUGAUGGGACGCCGACGCAGGUAGCUUCCAAGGCUAUGUAUGGCGAUGAGAAUGGGAAGCCGACGCAGGUAGCUUCCAAGGCUAUGUAUGGCGAUGAGAAUGAGGUUCCUGUAUCGAAGUUCUUGACGGGCACGGAUGGGUCCAAGUACUCGCAGGAGCAGGAGGGGUCGGCUGCGGGUGGUGGGUUGGCGUCUUACCCGGCGAAGGAAACAGCGGCGCCGAGGGAGGAGUGGCAUGAAUCGGAGGAGGCGAGGGAUCAGUUCAAUGAUGCAGAUGUGGCGAUGCCGAUUUUUGAGAGUUCGAGGCCGUUGAGCCCGGCGCGGGAUUCGAGGUUUAAGGAGGUGAUAUAGGAAAUGAUGUUGGGUCUAUAUAGCAAAUGAAUG